UGGAACGUCGUAACCGUCGCGCGGAAUUGAUUUAGUUUUUUUUGUUUGAUUCCACGGCAGAUAGUUUUUUUGUUUAACCUGUUUUGUUGUGUUUGUGUUUGCAGAGUCUGUGGUGUGUGGAAAACAUAGAGGUUUGCAGCUGGAAGAAGAGGAAGAAACGAGUGCGAAAAAAAAACCGAAGAAGCAAUCCAAGAGUGGCCGCAGGCCGUGGAUUUGAAUUUGUUUUGGUGAAAGUGCAAAGCCACGUGUUGGCGCUAGUGUUGCGUUUUAGUUUCGAAAAAAAGAACCGUGAAUAGUGGGUGCAACAAAAAGCUGAAUCGUUCGGAAAAUAGUUGCAGCUGCUAUUGUUCGAGUGCAUGGAACCGUUACGCCUCGCCGGUCGAGUCGAUGAAAUUGGUUUUCCGUACUAACCUGAAUAGUGUGUUAGAGUAAAAAAAAAAGGCAAUUCAAUUACCCGAUAGAGAGUUUGUGUGAAUCAUUGGAGCGAGAAAGCCUCCAUAAAUUGCCCGCUGUACCUCCUCCCUGUGCGGGGCUUCCUACCCUAGAUGCCGCCGCAGAUUUUGCCCGCCUCGAAGAUGCAAUCCCGCGAGCAUCCGUUCAACCGAUCGACGCGCCCCCUGUUGGAGCGCCGUGCCAAUAUGGCGCAACCGCAGGUCCUCAGCAGUAAGCAGAUAAACAACGUCAAAAAGACCCCCACUCGGGGAUACAACGACUUCAACCUCAUCACCCGGCAGUACGAGAACCUCAACAGCAACAAAGGCUACCCGUACGGUAGUCCACCGUCGCCCACUCAGCACACGCUGAACAAUAUUGACUUCCAGUUUUCCGAUGUCAACGACCCUCGCUACCGCCCGGUAGCACCAACCACCAACAAUCACUUCUUCACGGCCAGCACCAAUCGCAACAACAGCGAUCACGAAGACGACGAUGACUACGAUGAACUGGUCUAUCAUCACAAUCAACUGAACGUUCAGGGUCCAACGCUGCCGCGGCGCCGCCUGAUCGAUGCCUCCUCCGGUGGAACUGGCCUUCCACCGCCGGUUCCUCCGCAGCGGAUCGUCCCGGUUCAGACUCCACCGCCUCCGCCACGCGGGGACACUCCGGAAAAUGACGGCCCGUUCGUAUUUGGCGUCCACCAUCCGAAUACCUUCACGCCGGCUUACGACAAAGCCAAGGAUGCAGCCGACUCCUCCGUCCAGAACAUCAACAACAACAGUGAUAUUAGCUCUAGUAGGAAUACGUCGUCCAGCGAGAAGGAGAGGCGAGCGCUGGUCAAGGGAAAGAAGAACUCCAAGCGAACCAAAAAAGACAAAAAACAAAAACCAUCAAAAGACAAACAGCUGAAGGAAUCUCCCGGACAGGCAGCGUCCGCCAAAGAAGAAGCCCCCAACGUCAAGUGCGUCCUCGUCGGCGACGGAGCGGUCGGCAAGACGAACCUCAUCGUGUCCUACAUCCAGGACCGCUUCUUCCCGGAGUACGUUCCGACGGCCUUCGACAAGUACAAUGUGGACGUCAGCGUGGAUGGGCGGCCGAUUUGCGUGACGCUGUGCGACACGGCCGGACAGGACGUGCUGGACCCGCUGCGGCAGCUGUGCUACCCCGGUACCGAUGUGUUCCUGCUGUGCUUCUCCGUCGUCCAGCCCGAGUCGUUCCGGUCGCUCGCGUCCAAGUGGGCGCCGGAAAUCUCCAAACUGCGGUACGGGUCGGUGGUGCUGGUCGGGACGCAGUCCGACUUGCGGAACGAUCGGAGCACCGCACUCAAGUUGCAGAUCCAAGGAGAGAAGCCCGUUCCGGUGUCGGCGGCGUGGGACUUUGCGCGGAAGAUUGGAGCCAAAUACAUCGAAACGUCCUCGCAUAAGAAGGAACGAGUCAAGGAAGUGUUCGAUGCGGCCAUCUGGGAUGUCCUGCAGACCCGGGAGUUCAACCGAAAGCGACCCCUCUGGAAGCGGAUGCUCUGUUUGACUUGCUGAAGAAGUGCGGAUUUUUUGUUUGUGUUUGUUAUUGCAAAGGAACGGAGAAUUCCGAACACGAGACUGUAAUUGAUUGUAAUAUUUUCCCCUCGGUUUUGUUGUAAAGUAGUAGCCGGCUCGCUAUUUGUAUUAUUAUUGCACCCAUGCGGUUCUAAUGUUUAGGGAUUAGUCUUAAGUGUAUAACUUAUUACUAGUUUUGGAAAGACAACCAAGUGACAGCAAAAUAAAAAAAAAAACACGCAAACGUAUAAUGCUCGUAUCAUCACAGUUUACUAAGUUAGUAUUUUUUUUUGUUUAGUUCUGAGUGGAGCUCAGAGUAAGGAAUCAAAAUUUAAAGGAUCGAAAUUUAAAAAAAAAAGAAUCGAAUUUAAGCUUAGUGAGAUUAGAGUCUUCCCCCGCUGGAAUCGAAACAGUAUCAUUCCGUUGAUCAAAAGCAUCACAACUGUACAGUGCGUGAAAUUGUAGUACGAUGAGCAGUGCAGCAACCUGAUUGUAUGUAUAAUAGCGUUUAAGGAUCGAACAACGAAGAAGUGUAUUAUACGUAGCCGAUUAAUGCAAACGGUUUAUCUUUAGGAUAAGUGACGAGUUAGAAUCAGCCGUCUUGCCAAUCUAUUUUUUGAAGUGUAAGCUUUGACUGAAGAAUGUUAUCGUAUAAUCAAACUA